AUGUCAGACAACAAGUGGCGUAGUCCUGACGAGGACGAGGAGGAGGAGGAGGAGGAGAUCGACGAGACUGGCUACAAAAGCCAGAAAGAUGCUGUGCUGUUCGCCAUCGAUGCGAGCGCCAGCAUGCUUAGAAAGCCAUCUGAAAUCGACGCAAAGAAGCCAGACACAGCUCUUUCGUCGACUGCUGCAGCACUGAAAUGUGCCUACGCGUUGAUGCAGCAACGCAUCAUCAGCAACCCAAACGAUAUGAUGGGCAUCUUACUCUUCAACACCGAGAAGAGCAAAUUCCAGGAGCAAGACGGCGAAUCUCGCAAUUGGCAGUAUCCUCACUGCUAUCUGCUCAUGGAUCUGGAUGUGCCAGCUGCAGCAGACGUGAAACAGCUACGAACCCUCGUCGAGGAUGAGGAAGAAGCUGCGGACAUCCUGCAGGCAAGCAAAGAUGAAGUCAGUAUGGCCAACGUGCUAUUCUGCGCCAAUCAGGUCUUCACCACGAAAGCGCCAAACUUCUCCUCUCGGCGAUUGUUUCUGGUCACGGAUAAUGACUACCCACAUGCAUCGGAUCGAGACGCCAGGAACAGCGCUGCCGUACGUGCCAAGGACCUUUACGACCUUGGAGUCACCAUUGAGCUGUUUCCCAUCUCUCAUCCUGACCGUGGCUACACCUUCGACCGCACAAGGUUCUACAACGACAUUAUCUACUCAUCAACUCCCUCCGACCCAGAUGCACCAAUGCCACUCACUUCCGAUAUCAAAGCUGCCAGCUCUUCCGCUAAGGACGGAAUCACCUUGCUGCAGUCUUUGAUCAAUUCUGUGGCAUCUCGAAACGCUCCGAGACGAACGUUCUUCAACGUCCCUUUCGAGAUCGGACCAGGCCUCAAGAUCGGCGUCAAAGGCUACAUCAUCUUCAAGAAACAAGAGCCGAAGCGCACGUCUUAUGUCUACUUGCCACCCGACAGCGAAAAGGCGCAAAUCGCGGUGGGAAGCAGCACCAUGGUGGAAGAAGAAACUGCGCGCACCGUUGAGAAGACCGAAAUUCGCAAGGCUUUCAAAUUUGGCGGCGAGACGGUCACCUUCUCGCUCGAGGAGGAAGCAAAGAUCAAAGACUUCGGCGACCCCACAAUUCGCAUACUCGGCUUCAAACCAAUGAGCAUGCUUCCUAUGUGGGCUACGCUCGACAAGUCUGUCUUCAUAUAUCCCUCCGAGGAGACCUGGGUGGGCUCGACAAGAGUCUUCUCUGCACUUCACCAGAAGUUGCUGAAAGAUCAGAAGUUCGGCCUUGCGUGGUACAUCGCUCGACGUAAUGCCACACCAAAGCUCGCUGCUGUCAUACCUGGCGCAGAGGAGCGAAACGAGGGAGGCGAUCAACACAUGCCUCCUGGAAUGUGGGUCAAAGUAUUACCUUUUGCUGACGACAUUAGGGAGCCUCCAGAGACCAAUGUGGUGAGAGCUCCUGACGAUGUCGUGGACGCGAUGCGGAAAGUUGUCCAACAGCUGCAACUCCCAAAGGGCGUAUACGAUCCCACAAAAUAUCCCAAUCCCGCUCUCCAGUGGUUCUUCAAGAUCUUGCAGGCUCUUGCUCUAGAAGAAGACCUUCCGGAGCAGCCGGAGGACAAGACCCUACCUCGUUACAAGCAGAUCCACAAGCGUGCCGGGGGUUAUGUCGUGGAAUGGGGCGAGUUGCUCGACAAAGCUUUCGACGAAUGGAACACUACGAACGAGAGCCGCAUCAAGCCAGCCACAAAUGGAGCGUCGAAGCGCACUGCCGCCUCAUCCACAGCAUCUCGUAGUAAGAAGGUGAAAGAUGAGAACGACGACGACGAUGAAGGCGUUACCGACGCCACCAUGCGCGCUGCCUUCCAGAAGGGCAAGAUCGAGAGUUUCAAACUCCCCGACUUGAAGCGUUGGAUGAAGACCAAAGGUCUAAGCACAGGGGGUCGAAAAGCAGAUCUCGUCGAACUGGUCACCAGCUAUUUCGAGACCAAGAUGGAGAUCGACUGA